CCAUUUCUGCCCAUUUCUGCCCGUUCUAGCCCGUUCCAGCCCGUUCCAGCCCGUCUGUCCCGCCUGGGAGCGGACCGGGAGUUUCCCAGGGUCGCGGGCAGAAGUUGCAGAGCCGAUCUUUUCUUUUUGGCUCACGCUGCAGUAGAAGCGUUGGCUGCUCUCCGCGGCACAGCGCAGCCCCGGGCUCGGUGCGCCUUUCUGGGAGUUUUCCUCCUGUCCCGGGAGUUAACUCGGAGUUAAAUGAAGAUUCCGAGGGGUGAAGCAAGGAAACAACGCCUGCAGGGUCUGGAAGGAUAUUUUGCCGGCACUGAAGGAAUGGACCUUUUGAGCCUGCUUGGAAAAUGUCCUUUGUGAUACCCAGAGUCGCAGAGGAAAACUUGUGAUUGGGAUCUUGCCGGAGUUUGGGUUCCGCUGUCCUUUUAAGCUUCCAUGGACCAUGGAGAGUUUGCUGUCGCUGCUCUGUUGCCAUUAUUCGUUGCUGAUUUUAUUUCAGCAGAAAUGUCAGGUGUACGGGAACCAUUCCCAGCUCCCCAAACACCCAGGGUUCAGAGUCCUGGCCUCAGCCUCCCACUACUGGCCCCUGGAAGACGUGGAUGGGAUUCACGAGUUCCGGGACAACGGCGGAGCUCUAAGAAUCCACAACUUCACUGUGCUUCCUCCCCAUACCUCUACCUUUGUAAAUACCAAUGACUCUGCCUACUCUAACUUCUCUGCAACUGUAGAUAUUGUGGAGGGGAUGGUGAACAAAGGGAUUUACGUCACUGAAAAGAAAGGAGUCACCUUUCUCUUCUUUGGAAGCUACAGGAAUUCCUGCAUCAGCAACCCAGAGGCUUGUGGGCCCGAAGGGGUCACAUUUUCCUUCUUCUGGAAGACCCAAGACCAGCAGGCCAAGCUUCUCCCUGCCUCUGGGGGCCGAGUGGUUUCCAGUGGUUUCAAGAUCUGCUCAAACGAAGGCGAGGGCUCUGUGGAGUUUUACACCCGGGGGAGUGCCAUGAUGAAGUGGAAAGCAAGCUUCAGUCCACCAGGUCCCUACUGGACGCACGUGCUGUUCACCUGGCGCUCGAGGGAAGGCCUGAAGGUGUACGUGAACGGCACGCUGAGCACCACGGACCCCGAGGGGAAGGUGUUCUACGACUAUGGGGACGCCAGCCCCGACCUGCUGGGCACGGAGGGCGCGGCCCCGCGCUCCGUCAGCGGCGCCUUCGACGAGUUUGUGAUCUGGGAGAGGGCGCUGAGCCCGCGCGAGGUGCGCCAGUACUUCACUGCUGCCGUGGGUGUGCAAGUCCUGCUCUCUUCAACUCUUCCCUGGUCUCUGGUGACAACCACGACACGCCCCGUGCUCCCCACCAAUGCCUACCAGCCCAUCCUGGCGGCGCUGAGCCAGCACAGAGGCAGCUCCCCCUCGGCCAGCUCCCUGCUGGGGCACCUGCAGAACGUGUCCUCCAGCCUGCCCAGCAAAGCCCUGCCUGGGCACACUGCCCUCAGCCUGGCACAGGCGUUUUUAACGGCUAUUGAAGAUUUCCUGUUGCUGUCUGACUGGAUUGAUGGACCAGAGAGCCCCACCGUGCUCAGCAGCCUGAUCCACACCAUCGACACGGUGCUGGCUCACCUGUCCCUGCACCUGGAGGGCAGCGAGCUGCCUCUGACCCUCGAGGGCUCCUCGGCCGUGGCAGACUAUGCUGUGGUCAAAAUGCACCCCCAGAGCCUGAACGUGUCCCACUACCGAUUCCCAUCCCGAGGGCACAGCUUCAUCUCCAUCCCCAGGGCAGCUUUCCAUGGAAAAGCCUGCAUCACCAUCGUGGGCCUGCUCUACCACAACCUGCAUCACUUCUUUAACAACAUCAACCCCGAGGACACCAGGAUUGCUGAAGCUGCUGCCCACAGGGGCUCCAUGAUCUCAGCCAGCAGUUAUCUCAUCUCCAUCAAGGUGGAGCCUCUGCCCCAGCUGUCCCACAACCUGUCAGGCUCUCCUCUCAUCACCAUCCAGCUCAGCCACACCCUGACACCCAGACAGUACAGCCAAGCACUAAAUAAAAGUAACAGAGUCCAUCUCUACUGUGCAUUUCUGGAUUAUAGCAACGGAAGCGGAGUCUGGUCCGACGAGGGCUGCGUGAGGCAGAGUGGGGACCUCAACUCCUCCGUGUGCCUCUGCAACCACCUCACCAACUUCGCCAUCCUGAUGCAAGUGGUGCCCCUGCAGCUGCCGAGAGAACACCAGGUGGCCCUCUCCUCCAUCACUUACAUCGGCUGUGCUCUGUCCAUCCUCUGCCUGACGAUCACCCUGGUCACGUUCGCCGUGCUGUCGUCUGUCAGCACCAUCCGCAACCAGCGCUACCACAUCCACGCCAACCUGUCGAGCGCCGUGCUGCUGGCCCAGGCCCUGCUGCUGGCCAGCUUCCAGCUCAGCCCCGCAACCCUGCCUUGCAAGAUAUUGGCCAUUCUCCUUCAUUUUUUCUUCCUGAGUGCAUUUGCAUGGAUGCUGGUGGAAGGAUUUCAUCUUUACAGCAUGGUGAUCAAAGUAUUUGGGUCAGAAGAAAGCAAGCACUUAUAUUAUUAUGGAAUUGGAUGGGGCUGCCCGCUGGUGAUCUGUGUCAUUUCUGCCACCUCGUCCCUGGACAGCUAUGGAGAGAGUGGCAACUGCUGGCUCUCCCUGGAGGACGGAGCGAUCUGGGCUUUUGUGGCACCAGCCAUGUUUGUCAUUCUGGUCAACAUUGGCAUUCUCAUCGCUGUCACGAGAGUCAUCUCCAGGAUCAGUGCCGACAACUACAAGGUCCAUGGAGAUGCUAAUGCCUUCAAACUAACAGCCAAAGCCGUGGCUGUUCUCUUACCAAUCCUGGGGAGCUCGUGGAUCUUUGGCAUUUUGGCUGUCAAUGCCCACACCUUAGUAUUUCAGUAUAUAUUUGCUGUUUUUAAUUCACUACAGGGGUUUUUCAUGUUCCUGUUUCACUGUCUUCUGAACUCAGAGGUUAGAGCUGCCUUCAAGCACAAAACCAAGGUCUGGUCCCUCACCAGCAGUUCCACACGCAACAUCAACGUGAAGCCCUUCAAUUCAGACAUUAUGACUGGGAACAGGCCAGGCACAACCCCCACGAAGCUGAACACCUGGGAUAAAAGCUCCAAUUCAGCAAACCGCAUCGAUUUAUCAGCAGUGUGACAGGAGCAGCAGCUCCUCAGAGGAAACCAAGCCAUCCAUUCAGGACCUCCACACCGUGUCCACCAGCUGCUUCUCACUGCCAGAAACAGCAGAAAACUGGGUUUAAAUCACUGCCCAAUGAAUUGGGACUUGCCAUAUUGUUUUGUUGAGUAAAUAGCCCUCGUUGCUUGCCUUCCAAACUGUAACACGUUCUAGCACUUGGCUCUAAGCAAUAUCUGUAAAAAUGACCAGCACAAAUAUACACUGGAUGGUUUUGUCAGCAGUGAUGAAAACACAAGGUGUGCAAGAAGGGCUUUUUGCUCCCUGAAUCAUUCCAGCUCCCAGAACUGAGGGAAAGCAACAUGGCUCUGAAAAGAGGGGCUCUUGUGCUCUCAAAUGAAACGCUUCCCAUGGUGAUGUUGUAAUGAGACGAUUCCAGACUCGCUGUGCCCUGUCUGUUUACAUUUUUUACCUUGCAGAAUCAUCAAAGUGAAGUUGAUUCAAAAUAGAUAUUAUGGUGUUUAUCUAAAUGCUAGAAAGAGGCCAGGACUUGAGGGAGAAGCAGGUUCCAGGUACCCACUCCCACAGUGGGUGUGGAUGAGCAGAGCUAAUGAGCAGCACCUGUGAGGUGUGACUCUCCUGGAUGGGCCUGUUGGCAUUUUAGCUCCUCCUGUUGCCAUGUUACCACAGGGACAAAACUGGCUGUGGUUGUCCUGGAGCAGCCCCACACCGCUGGUGCUGAUCUGUGUCUGAAUUGCCACACAAAUAAUUCAGUUAUUCCCCUGCUUUGCCUGCAGCUCGGGGCUGCAACCCCCAGCUCUCCAUCGAGUGCAUUCUGCAAACUCACUGUGGCCUCUAGGAGCCAGGAGCUGUCAUUGUGAUUGACCUGCUCCUUUACUGGUCAUUUUGGGAACUCCUGCCACGCAGAUAUAACACUCUGAUGUACUGUGAAGAGAGCCAGCCUGCACAUAACUCUGAGUGUUGUUUCCUGCAGACAGCUCUGACACAGGGCCCUGCAGUCUCUGUGUGCUUUUGGGCUCGGCUUGUUGAGCUUACAGCUCAGAACAUUCUGCAGAAAUUAUUUCAGUUGCACCAGAUCUGGAACAGAGCAGAACUGCACCUCACACAUCCAAACACACGGGCUUUAAUCUCGUGUUUCCUAAUGCCAAAUAACUCCAAUUGCUGUCAGCAAACUCAAACAGAGCCUCAGUAAAAGCUAAAUAUGCAGAGGCUGUGUCUUUAUUUUGGCUUUUUUGGAUGGUUUUCUCCUAGCCUUUUCUGCACUGCUCUGUCUUACAGCUGUGCAAAUAGAUGGGCUUUUCUUGGCCUGAAAAUUUUUUUUUUUUUUCCCAAAAGACCCUGUAGACAGAGACCUUGGAAUGUACAGAGGAGAUGGAAUAGAGGAAUACUGUGAUAACAGUGUUCAGAGUUUGUGUUGUGUGCAGACAAUGUAUUUAAGCAUAUUUUUUGUACUGGACCGUAUGAGUUCUUUUGAUUUUGGUUUGUUUCUUUGGUUUGCUUUUGGUUUUUUAACACUGUGACCACAAAUACAGACUUUAAAUCCUCCUUGAUCAUUUUCUAGUAAUUGAAUUAUAGCACAAAGUUCUGUGAACGAACCAGACAACAUAUAAAACCUUCUUUUUUUUUUUAAUCUUUAUUUUUAAGAGUAUUCCCCUCUGUACAAUUUUCAUUACCUGCAUUUCCCCCUGUGCUGUAUUGGUCACUUUGUGACUGCCCAAGGUCCAUUUGGAAAACUCCCCACACAAGAGGCACAGUAGUGACCCUGCAAAGUGGCACAGAGGGCUGCAUCAGGCUUUCAUCCAGGUGUGCUCAGGUUUUAAACUGCAGGCAUGGAAAGGAGUUGGUUUUAUCCUUGGAAAGGGGCAGGCAGUGCGGUGAGGAGCCCUGGCCACCCCUGUGUCCCUGGGUCCCCUCUGGCUGCAGGAGCUGGGCUGGAGCAGGUUUACCUGGUCUUGGCCUCUCAGCUUUGGAGUUUAUCACACUGCUGGGGGCUGGGGCUGCUUCUGGUUUUGCUGAACUGGUGGAAAUCCUCACCAAGUACAAAUGUGUUCUUGCUGCCAUCGAUUCCAUUCUUUCUGUUUGAUUCAAAGUGUUUUUCUUGGUACUGAAUGCCGCAAAUGUACUGAUAAGGAAUGCUCAAAUGAAUCUUUGAACAAUCUCUUUCUGUCCUCAGUCUCUUGAAGCUUGAAAAUCUCACAGUUUAUUUAUGGGCUUGUAUAUAGCAGCUAUUACAAUUUUUUUUUUGGACAGCAUCAUUUUGUCAACAGUAUGAAAUCUUAAUUGAAUGAAAUGUGAGUUUUAAAAAUAGGUAAUGUAGCAAGAGUGACUUUGCCAGUAAUUAGUAAAAUAAUUUCAUUUUGUUGUUUUUUCUCCCCUCAAAUAAAUAAGAAAUCUUAAUUUUCCUAAAA